CUCAGUCACUCGCGCAGCAGGGGCCAAGUGACGCCGUGCGGCAGCAGCACGUGUGCAUUGUUUUGGUGCGUUCCUGUGACGCGAGCCCCCGAGUUCGGCUAUGACCGCGACUGUGCCCUGUGCGCAUGCGCGCUGGUGACGGCGGUGGGAGGAGGAAUAAUGUGAGGAAGAGCGCACGGGAAGCGGCGCAGGUCCUUGACCCAGUGAUCCCCUCUGUAACACCGGCCUGGCCGACCAGGCGCCGCUGUCACCUGAGUGAGUCGCCAAGAGGGGACCCGACAUGUCACAGACAGCAAUGUCAGAGACUUACGAUUUUCUUUUCAAAUUUCUGGUUAUUGGGAAUGCCGGUACUGGAAAAUCCUGUUUGCUACAUCAGUUUAUUGAGAAAAAAUUUAAGGAUGACUCUAAUCACACAAUAGGGGUGGAAUUUGGCUCAAAGAUUAUAAACGUUGGUGGUAAAUAUGUGAAAUUACAGAUCUGGGACACAGCAGGACAAGAGAGAUUCAGGUCUGUUACAAGAAGCUAUUACAGAGGUGCUGCUGGUGCAUUACUCGUAUAUGACAUCACCAGUCGAGAAACCUACAAUGCUCUCACCAACUGGCUGACAGAUGCACGGAUGCUAGCCAGUCAAAACAUUGUAAUUAUACUGUGCGGGAACAAAAAAGACUUGGAUGUCGACCGUGAAGUUACAUUUUUAGAAGCGUCUCGAUUUGCACAAGAAAAUGAAUUGAUGUUUUUGGAGACAAGUGCGCUUACAGGAGAAAAUGUGGAGGAAGCAUUUGUACAAUGUGCAAGGAAAAUACUGAAUAAAAUUGAAUCAGGUGAACUUGAUCCAGAAAGGAUGGGGUCAGGUAUUCAAUAUGGAGAUGCUGCUUUGCGACAGCUAAGAUCACCACGUCGAGCACAGGCACAAAGCGCACAAGAGUGUGGCUGCUAAAAUUGGUUACUUAUUACUUAAGGUGUAUAUGAAAAUCUGGGGCUUACAGAAGAAAUGUCUCCUGCACUUCUCCUUACCACUUGUUCUAUGAUAAAGGACUGGUUAAAGAACAGCACAAGGGAAACAGAGUGGUGUUGAGGGCAAUAGUGCACAGCUGGCUUCAAGAAAAUGUCUGACCGCUAGUAACUGGAGAAAACUGAUACCUAUAUGUACUUUAUCUAUACAUUUUGUAUUACAUAUUGCCAUUCCUGCAUCUAUCUUCUAAUAUAUACAAUAUAAACUGUAGGAACUGAUUUUACGAGCAUGGUCUACUUCAGUAAGUUAUUCAUAUGUGAUUUUUGUUUUCCUCACAGGCCAUUUGUAAGAUGCACUUCAGUAGCAUAAUUAAGAUGGAGUCUGGAAUAUCUAUCUGCAUUAAGUGCCACUGUAGUGUGUUUAUGUCCUGCCAUUUUCAGUAUCAUGAUCACCGCAUCCACAUUGUAUUUAAGCAUUGUUAGGUGGACAAUGAACCAAAUUACACAAAUGUAUUUAGGGAUGUAUAUAUAAAUGCUGCAGCCAGUUUGGUUCUUGGCAAAGUAUAUUAUGGGGGUUUAACAUAUUUUGGAGAAUUACCUAUGGGGACAUUAUUAGCAUACAUAUAAGGAUUCAGUGAGCCAUACAUAUUAGUUAUGUUCAGCGUGUCAUGCCAUUCUGCAUAUAAACAUAACAUUGCAGUUGGAUUUAUAUCAAAACUGUUCUUUUUUUAAAAUCUAAAUUUAUAUUCUCUGUUUUACCUGCAGGACCACCAGGAUAGAAAGUACUUUUAUUUGUAACAAAUGUAUAACGAAAACUGACUUGUGGUAACAUAGUGUUGAAAUGUCAGUAUUUAUUGAAGGGCAAACUUAGUAUAAAAGUAUAAACAGCAUGUAUGGUAAUAUUGGGCUCAUUUAGUAGCAUGGUACAAUGGGAACAAAUGUGCCCUGUCUUGUAGUGACCAAACACAUUUUAGCUUAUAUUUUUUUUAAACUGUGCUAGGAAAAUUGGCGUUCUGUUUCCUUGACAUGUUAUGGCACAUCUGUGCACAUAGACCAUGUUAUUAAAUGUGUGUUGUAUUUGAUUUUUCAUAUUCUACUUCCUUAGAACUAGCAGACUUCAAUCAGUGGCUGCAGUUCAGUAAGGAUGUUAUAUCAAGUGCGGACCAAAUGCCCUAUAGUCUCUUUAUCGUUGACCACUGUUAUCAAAAAGGACAGUUUACUGAUGAAAUUACAUUGGGGUACAUGGUAUAUACACCGUUAUUACUGCUAAAUAAUCUGGCUAGUAUUUCUUAAAAUAUUCAGUGACCUGACAUCCUUGAAUUGUUUACUGAAGUGUAGAAAUCCUUAUAACCAGACCUCUUUAUGAACUGCAAUCUGGGAACUACAGUCCAUGCUUUUCCACUGAUGUAUACAUUAUAGUAUGUAAUAUGUAUAUUGGCUAAGAGUGUACAGUCUUAAUGAUUUAGUCCAGAACUGGGACCAAAGGAUCAUUAUCAUAAUUGAGUCCCUCAGUAACAGCAUAUUUAUUGUGAAAGAACAAUAUCUUUAGACAGAAAUCAAUAGGCGUGAAAAAGUGUAUAGACCAAAGUAAUCAAUUCAAUUCUAACAUUGCUUUUCAAUAAACUGUAAAAUAUGUGACUGUCAUAAGCAGCACCACUUUUUUCAAAAUGCGAGGUCUAACUUUUACAAUACAUCAUAGUGUGCUGACAUGUGAAAGCUAAAUCAUUUAUCUUAAUUCACUUGGAUUAGCUACCAGUAUAAGACAACUGAAAAGUGCACCACCUCCCCCCCCCCCCCCCCCUCCCCCCCCCAAAAAAAAAAACAGCAGUGUACCAUUUUAAUGAGAAACGUUGAUUCAUGAUUAACUGCCCCUGUACAAAUAGAGGAGACUGAAAAAUAAAAAGAUGACUGAAAACAA